UCCAGUCGCCACACACUCAUGCAUGCCUGACCGCUAGAGUCUACUUCCUGGAUGGAGGAACGGAACGGGACGUCUCCUCUCCAAGCCAGCCCUCCAGUUUUCCCGUGCGCUUUUUGCCCUUCGCCACGCUGACGCCUCCUCGGAUAAUCACUUCAUAAUGAGCACGUGCAAUCAAUACUGUUCGACCACUUUGUGCGUAGUUAACGACAGAGGAUUGAUCGCCGAUUGACCCUCUCGCUUUCACUCCGGGAAUGUCGCUAUCUGGAAGCCCUCUACAGGCACGGCGGAGUCCAGCAGAUUUUCAACAGUUUUUGCACAGUCGUGGUAGUGUGCGUAGCGUUUUAUUGCUCGAAGCCAAAAGCAGCCUGUGUUUGGACUGGAGGCGAAUAUAUUAGGACGAUUAUAAAGCAGAGAGCGUACGUAGCUGGCUUGCAACCCGGACUUUGAUGCUCUGCCUUCGUGGCUUGCUGUGUCAACUUCAAUUUGAAGACCCACUCGUGUGUAUGUGAUUUCUGAAAAGAGGAGAACAGACUCGGAAACUUUGUCACCCGCUGCCUUCUUUCUUGUUGCUCUCCAUGAGUAGUCUAACAUGCGGAGAAUACGGGAUCCGAGUUACUGGUGGAUUUUAUCCCUAGUGAUUUUAACCUUGCCUAAACACAAAGACUGUCAUCCUGUUGCAUCAGGAGGCCGGCCGAGUAGUGCAGCUGACGAAGAUCAUGAGCACGUUUGGAGGCAGAGGAGAUCGACUAGUGACCCCUACUGGUCAUAUUCAGGGAGCCAUGGACCUCGGGGCUGGCCAGCCUUAUACCCUGAAUGUGCUGCAAAGAACCAGUCCCCGGUGGACAUCGCAGACGAGCAGGCACUGAGCUCAGAGGAAUACCAAGAACUAGGCCUGGAGAACUUCAACAGGGAGUCCUCCAACCAGACCACCAUGAAAAACACUGGCAAGACAGUGGCCAUCUACCUGAAGGAUGACUACUUUGUGUUUGGGGCGGGGCUGCCAGGGCGCUUUAGAGCUGAGAAGAUGGAGUUUCACUGGGGCCAAGCGGAUGGCUCUGCUGGAUCUGAGCACAGCAUCAACGGAAGAACAUUUCCAGUCGAGAUGCAGAUCUACCUGUACAAUUCGGACGACUUUGACAGCCUCAGCGCAGCCAUGAAGGAGAGACGCAUCAUCGCUGCCAUGGCAAUCUUCUUUGAGCUGGGGCAGAAAGACAAUCCAGCUGUGGAGCCUAUCAUCCAGGGGCUGAAAGGAGUCGUCCAUCAUGAAAAAGAGACCAACUUGAGGUCUUUCGUCCUGAGGGACCUGCUGCCGUCAUCGGUGGACAGUUACUACCGAUACACUGGAUCUCUGACCACUCCUCCGUGCAGCAAAGUGGUGGAGUGGAUCAUCUUCUCCAAGCCUGUCUAUGUUUCUCCUUCACAGCUGGAGUCCUUUUAUUCCAUAUUUACCACGGAGCAGCAAGACCAUGUGAAGUCAGUGGAGUAUCUAAGAAACAACUUCCGACCGCAGCAGGAUCUGGAUGGCAGAAAGGUUUUUAAGUCUGCAGUGAAAGAUGCCUGGCAGAAGGACCUGACUGAGAUUCUAGGAAACCCGCAAAGUACAGAGGCCUCUAAAGUUUGUAGCAGUGCUCCAGUGAACAUGAAGAUCCAGCCCCUGAACCGUACAGCCUUGGUGGUCAGCUGGGAGCGCCCUCUGACCAUAUACCACCCUCCCAUCACCAGCUACAUGGUCUCCUACAGCUGGGCGAACCGCGACGUUGCAGAUGAGAAGACCUUCACUGAGACUGGGGAUCAGAGCAUGCAAGCGGUCAUCACCAACGUGUCCCCUGAUGUCUUGUACUUGUUCAGAGUUCAGGCAGUAUGUCAGCACGACCUGCGCAGUGACUUCAGCCAGACGCUGCUCUUCAGAGCCAACACAACAAGAAUCUUUGAAGGCUCUCGCAUUGUGAAGACUGGAAUGCCCACUCUGUCUCCGGCCUCUUCCGCAGACAUGGCUCCUAUAAGUUCAGGCUCCUCCACAUGGACUUCCUCUGGCAUCCAUUUCUCUAUUGUCUCCAUGGCAACAGGAAUGGGCCCCUCCUCCAGCGGCUCUCAGGCCACAGUGGCAUCGGUGGUGACGAGCACCCUUCUGGCAGGUUUGGGAGUGGGCGGAGGGGUCAUCUCCUCUCUGCCCAGUUCAGCCUGGCCCACCCACGCUCCCCAUGGCACCCAAAAUCCCCGCGCCUCCACUGCCCCCCCUACUGCCCCGUCCAGCACAGAGCAAGGCCCAACGCAGGCAUCGCCCCCAGACACUGAAGCUCCCACUGAGGAGCGCCAGAAGGAGGGUGACCAAGAGGAGGAUGAGGAGGGGGAGAAAGAAGGUGAGCAGGAGGAAAAGGAGGAAGAGGAAAAGAAGAAAAAGCCUAAACCUGUGCCCACUAAUGAGGAGAGACAAGAUAACAGCACAGUGGCACUGGUGCCAGCUGCACCCACCCCAGCACCCACCGCCAAACAGAAAGGACCGGGACCCACGAAGGAGCACUCUACCACAGUACAGGACAGCACAGCAGGGCUGAAGCUGUUUCCUACAGACACUCACACAGAGCCCAAUCUGGUGACGCACAGUGACAGUGGAGAGAUGCAGAUUCCACAGAGCUCCACUGUGGCACCAAAGCUCAAUAAUGACUGGCCCUUUUCAGUCCACACUGACAGGACAAGUUUAUCAAAUGUGACCCGGAUCCCCCAACCCGGAAUGGGGCGGAUGGUGUGGAUAGUGCCUCUAGUGGUGGUGUCUGCCCUUACACUGCUCUGCCUCAUAAUGCUGCUAAUUGUGAUGGUCUAUUGGAGGAGGUUUUUCCAGACUGCUCACUUUUAUGUGGAGGAGAGCAGCUCUCCACGGGUGGUGGCCAAUGAGAACAUACCUGUCAUCCCAAUCCCAGAUGACAUGGAGGCCGUCCCUGUGAAGCAGUUUGUUAAACACGUGAUGGAGUUGUACAAGAACAACCUGCAAGGCUUCUCCGAGGAGUUUGAGGAGGUACAGCGCUGCACAGCCGACCUGAAAAUAACAGCGGAGCACUCCAAUCAUCCCGACAACAAGCACAAAAACAGAUACAUCAACAUUGUAGCUUAUGACCACAGCAGAGUGAAACUGCGAGCUCUAGCCGGAAAAGAUGCCAAACAUUCAGAUUAUAUUAACGCCAACUAUGUGGAUGGCUACAACCAGCCCAGAGCUUACAUUGCAGCUCAAGGUCCUCUCAAGUCAACAUUUGAAGACUUUUGGAGGAUGGUUUGGGAGCAGAAUACAUGCAUUAUAGUUAUGAUCACCAACCUAGUGGAAAAAGGACGGCGAAAAUGUGACCAGUACUGGCCGACUGAGAACAGUGAGCAGUAUGGGAACAUAGUAGUGACACUGAAGAGCACCAAAGUCCACGCCUGCUACACACUGAGGCGUUUCCUUAUACGGAACACAAAGGUCAAAAAGGGUCAGAAGGGGAACCCCAAAGGCCGUCAAAACGAGAGGACAGUGGUGCAGUAUCACUACACCCAGUGGCCUGAUAUGGGCGUCCCUGAGUACACGCUUCCUGUCCUCACCUUCAUCCAGCGCUCGUCUUCGGCUCGGGCUGCAGACAUGGGCCCUGUCCUGGUGCACUGCAGUGCAGGGGUUGGUCGUACAGGAACAUACAUUGUCAUUGACAGCAUGCUGCAACAGAUCAAGGACAAAAGCACAGUGAGCGUCCUGGAUUUCCUAAAACAUAUCCGCACACAACGCAACUACCUGGUCCAAACGGAGGAGCAGUACGUCUUUAUCCACGAUGCUCUGAUGGAGGCCAUUUUGUGCCGGGAGACGGAGGUGCCGGCCUGUCAGCUCCACAGUUAUGUCAACAGCAUCCUGACGCCCAACUCGUCCGGACGCACACGACUAGACAAACAGUUCAGGCUGCUGUCUCAGGCUAACAUGCGCUUCGUGGAGUGCUUCAGCGCACACAAAGACUGUAACAAGGAGAAGAACCGCAACUCCUCCGUGGUUCCCUCUGAGAGAGCCAGGGUCGGACUCACCACUCUGCCAGGAAUGAAAGGAACCGAUUAUAUUAAUGCCUCCUACAUAAUGGGAUAUUACAGGAGUAACGAGUUCAUAAUUACCCAGCAUCCUUUGCCCCACACCACUACAGACUUUUGGAGAAUGAUUUGGGACCAUAAUGCUCAGAUUAUUGUAAUGCUGCCCGACAACCAAGGACUGGCGGAGGAUGAAUUUGUGUACUGGCCCAGUCGUGAGGAGGCCAUGAACUGUAUUGCCUUCACUGUCACUCUGAUCAGCAAAGACAGACUGUGCCUGUCCAACGAGGAGCAGAUCAUCAUCCACGACUUCAUCCUGGAGGCCACACAGGAUGAUUAUGUGUUGGAGGUCAGACAUUUCCAGUGCCCCAAAUGGCCAAACCCGGACGCCCCGCUCAGCAGCACAUUUGAGCUCAUCAGUGUCAUCAAAGAGGAGGCCAUGACACGGGACGGUCCCACCAUAGUACACGAUGAGUAUGGGGCUGUGUCUGCGGGGAUGCUGUGUGCCCUCACCACUCUGUCACAGCAGCUGGAGAAUGAGGGUGUGGUGGACAUAUAUCAGGUCGCAAAGAUGAUCAACCUCAUGAGACCGGGCGUCUUCACUGAUAUAGAGCAGUACCAGUACCUAUACAAAGCCAUGCUGAGUCUGGUGAGCCACAGGGAGAGUGGUCUGAGCGCGCUGCACAUGGACACUAAUGGACUGGUGGUGAUGGCCGACGAGUCUGACCCUGCCGAAAGCAUGGAGUCCCUCGUCUAAGGACACUCGCACUUAAAUUUGUACAAAAAAAUACAACGACUUUUGGAGGCCUUUUUUGCCAGACUAUUGAUUAAAACAAAUAACCUUAUUACUUUUAUACUGAUGAAGUUUUUUGAUAUUUAUGUUUUUUCUUCGUCCUUUAAUUCUUUGUCUUAAGCGUUACCCUGCUGAGCGUUUGCACCUGUUUUAAGUUGAUUGACCGAGGAUGAAGCCGCUUUGUCCAGUUUGCACUAUACUAUCAGUGUUACUGCCUAAAAAACAGUCGUCGUGGCAACGGAUCUGGGUUCAUGACCCCAAAGUGACAAACCCAGAGACCCACGAGAACCACAGGAGGACCAUUUUAAUCUAACCACACUUCAGCACUACAGCCCGCCGCAUGCAGUCAGUCACAGCCACUCCGCCUUUGUCACAUGAAGAAUAUUGGUCACUUAAUCUUAUUGAUAUAUUGUCCAAAACUCUCACUGCUGUCUUGUAAAACUUGUACUUAUUAUUAUUGCUUAUUUUAUGUGUUUCUACAUAUAAUGUGAACAUUUAUUGCUUUUGCAGGGAUUUAUGUAUAUUGUUAUAUUGUUUUGUAAUAUAUAUAAUAUCUAUUAUAUCCAGCCAGUGUAUCUUUUCUUUGUAGUUUUAUCAAUUGUUCCACUGACUCUUUUGUAACUCAUUAUAAAUAUAUCUAUAAUUAUUUUAUGUUUUAUUUGCCCCAGUUACUAACCUCAACAGUCAAUAAUCAUCUUUUCACACGGUGCAGUGCCUGUGUAAAGUUCUGCGUCUCAGUCUACGAGAUUCAACACAAGAUGCCAUUAGAAUCAACUAGAAAUCACCUGCCUGUUCUCACCGAGCCAUCACAAUAAUACAAAUACUCAAAUGUGCCCCUUCUGUGCUUCUAAGACAUGAAGUCUAGACCUACUGUUUUAAACAAGUUUAGACACAGCAGCUGUCUAAACUGUGUUUUGUCUGUGUUUGGGAUGUGCCACCCUGAUGCUGUUUGAGGAUCUUCAAUAUUUACAAAAUGACUAAAUAAGGUCUAUUUGUGUGUGUGAUUUUAUAAAUCUCCCGCUCUUUUACUGCUGUGCCAUAUGUUUGGAAGUUGUGGUGGAACAGCUCAGUGCCUUGUCUGUGUUCAUUGAUGGUGCUUAUUUUUAGCCAAAAAUCACACCUAUUUACACUUUAGAAAUUUAGUCAUAGUUAAAUUUGUUUUUGGAUUAUAAAAACCCAUUUUGAGCUGAGCAGAUUGGCCAAGGAGGGGCUGGUCACUUUGCACAGGCACUGCUGCUAUUUCUCGGGUUUAUGCUUUAUUUGUAACCAAAGAUGUGGUUAUGUGGUCUAUUUAUCAGCUACAAUCGAACAUGGUUCAGAAUAUUAGUGCAGAUAUUGGAAGCGUGAGUGCAAUGGGUUUUGUUGAAUAUGUUUAGACUCAAAGUCUGUAUCCACACUAACCUUAAACAUUCCUUUGGCACCUAUACUAUGUUAUUGUCCACCUUGUAUUGAAUUUAUUUUAUCCACACACAGUUACUCCCACUUCUUUGCAGUAAACAUUGGUUGCUUUGUAUGACUUUUGUGCAUUCUUGUAUAUCUCUGUGCGGUGGCUUUACCUGUACAUUUCUGCUUUUAUUAGUUUCUAUUUUUAUACGAAGCAGUUGUUUGUAAAGUGGACCUUAACAGAAUGUACCUUGUCCACAGUUCUUUUAGAUCAACCACCCAAAUGACUCCACAGGUUUCCAGUACUUGAGCCAGGUUCAAAGUCUAUUUUGUAAUGAAUAUGUACAUGUUUUCUCCUUAAUAUCUGUUUCUAUGACAUUACAAUUGGAGACAUUACAGUUGUUCAUAUGAGGAUGGUAAAUGCCAUAUAAUGCUGAGCUAGUGUUAUUUGAGAGGUUACUUGUACUGCUGUACAUGAAAUAAAGGGUUUGGAUGCGUCAUGGUA